AUGGACGGACGGACACUCCCGGGCAAGGACGCUCCGGGGCGGCGUGUCCAGCCGCGCGCCCUGCAGCCCGGUGGCCGCUGCGCCCCCUCCGGGCCGGCCUUCCCGGGGCGCCCGCGCUCGGCCCCCGCCCGGCUCCCCGUGGCCCCGGGGCUGCGCGGCCACCGCGCCCCCCGCCCGGCGGACCCCCGCCCCCGGGGUCGCGCACUCACCGCUCCGCCGCGCCGCCGCCGCCGCUUCCGGGCCCGUCACGUGACCGCGCGGCCGUCACGUGCCCGCGAGCCGGGCCGCAGCGCCCUCUGCACCAUGUCCGGGAGCAGCGGGAGCCCCCAGGGUGCCGGCACCCUCAGCCUGGACCUCGUGGGCCCUACGGCCAGCAGUGAGAAGCAGCAGCAGCAGGAGGACGUGGGCCAUGGGGACGCCGGCGCCUGUGAGCAGGGGGGCACGGGGAAGACCCAGGGAAUCACAGAGUUCCAGGCCUUGGUGCACCUGGUGAAGGGCAACGUGGGCACCGGGAUCCUGGGGCUGCCCCUGGCCAUGAAGAACUCGGGCGUCCUGGUGGGCCCCAUCAGCCUGCUGGCCAUGGGCUUUGUGGCUACCUACUGCAUGCACAUCCUGGUCAGAUGUGCCCAGCACCUGUGCCGCAAACUCAACAAGCCCUUCCUGGACUAUGGGGAGACAGUGAGACACAGCCUGGAGGCCAGUCCCAACGCCUGGCUGCGCAGACACGCACACUGGGGCAGGCGCACGAUCAUCUUCUUCCUGGUGGUCACCCAGCUGGGCUUUUGCUGUGUGUACAUCGUGUUCCUGGCCGACAACCUGAAGCAGGUGGUGGAGGCGGCCAACAGCACGACGACCGACUGCGGGGCCGGGCAUGCGGCUGAGCUGGUGCCCACGGUGGACUCACGCCUCUACAUGCUGGGCCUGCUGCCUGUGCUGGGCCUGCUGGCGAUGUUCCGGAACCUGCGCGUGCUGACGGUGCUCUCGCUGCUGGCCAACGCCAGCAUGCUGGUCAGCCUGGCCAUCCUGACCCAGUACAUCGUGCAGGAAAUCCCAGAUCCCAGCCGGCUGCCACUAGGGUCCAGCUGGAGGACGUACCCGCUCUUCUUCGGCACGGCCGUGUUCUCCUUCGAGAGCAUUGGCAUGGUGCUGCCCCUGGAGAACAAGAUGAAGGACGCCCGCCGCUUCCCGACCAUCCUGUCGCUGGGCAUGGCCCUGGUCACUAUCCUCUACACACUAGUGGCCGUGCUGGGCUACCUGCGCUUUGGGGAUGAGAUCGAGGCCAGCAUCACCCUGAACCUGCCUAACUGCUGGCUGUACCAGUCUGUGCGCGUCCUCUUUGUCCUGGGCAUCCUCUGCUCCUACGCGCUGCAGCUCUACGUCCCUGCCGAGAUCAUCGUCCCCUGGGCGCUGGCCCGGGUGCCCGAGCGCUGGGCCCUGCUGCUGGACCUGGGCAUCCGCCUGGCCAUGGUGGGCCUGACGGGCGUCCUGGCCGUCCUCAUCCCCCGCCUGGACCUGGUCCUGGCCCUGGUGGGCUCAGUGAGCAGCAGCGCCCUGGCUCUCAUCAUCCCGCCCCUGCUGGAGGUGGUCACCUUCUCUGCGGAGGGCCUGAGCCCCCUCACGCUCGCCAAGGACGCCCUCAUCAGCCUCCUGGGCCUCCUGGGCUUCGUGGUGGGCACCUACCAGUCGCUGGACGAGCUCCUCCGGCCGGAAAUCCCCCACUCCUCUACCAAUUCCACUGCCCUGAUGCAUUGA